AUGGGCCGUCGUCGAUUUGCAAAGAAGGGGGAGGAUGUGCGUCACUUCAAGCUGGUCGCACGUCCAGGGGCUGAUGACGAUGACAAGCCGCCGCUCGUCUUGGAGCCCUUCGCUCCGCCAGGUUCGCUCAGGCGCACUGGCUUGACAGAGGCUGAGUUGCUGACCGUCCCUGAGAGCCUGCAAUCGCACGUCGGGUCUGCCAUCUUCCAACCUGGCCAAGAGGAAGAAGAACGCGAGGGGAAGAGGAAGAAAGAGAGGACUGGAGGCCUUGAUGAGGACGUUGACUGGGAUGAGCUAGACGGCGACUGCUAUUUUCCGCCAGAUGGCUACGACUACGACCAACAUUUGAAGACAGUCAGUGGCGCAAAGAAGGCCAAAAGCGUGGUUGGCGUGGUGCUCGAAGCCCCAGAGCCCGUCAAAGAGGAGGACUUCCUCAAGCAGCAGCCUACAAACGAUGAUGAGGAAGAGGUUCUGCGAGCCCUUGAGCAUGCCGACGAGUACGAGGAGCUCGAGGACGAUAUCAUGGCAGAAGUGGUAGAAGGAGGUCUUGUGGAGCCUGACGUUGUUCUCUGGGGACCAACAGCCCUCGACAACGCGUUGCAUCCUGACAUGUCUAUCUUCUUGGAACACAAGGCUCUUCUCCAAUCGCGCGCGGGCCAGGAGGACGACAGUGACUUUGAUGAUGGUCUAGAUGAACUCGAUGGAGGUUGCAAGACUGGGGGCGCAAAAGGAAGUACUGCCAAGCCCCGAGACGAGGAUUUUGAGAGGUUCAUGGCAGACCAGUACGGAGAUGAUGAGAUUGGUGCCCGUGAUGAGGAUGAGAUCGAGGGGCAGAUUGAGUUGAAUGAUGAUGUGCUGGAUGAGUAUCUGGAGGAGAAGCAGGCCGAGCAACAAGAGCUCAUCUCGCUCUACGAGCCGCAGCGAGGCUUUAAGGACGAUGAGCCUCGUGUCAUCGCGGAGACGCGCGCCAUCAUCGAAAGACAUUACUUGGAGGAAGAGAGCGAGGAAGAAACAGAAUCAGGCGAUGACAGUGGAGAUGAGUCGCGAACAUGGGAUUGCGAGACAGUUCUCAGCACACUCAGCAACCUCUCCAAUCGACCAGGCAGGAUAGGCAAGGUGAAAAUUGUCAAGAAGCCGGUCGAGAAGUUGAAGCCCGUAAGUGAGGUGGAAGGAAAUGUUGACGAUGAUGAACCGGAGGAUGUGGUGGAGCUGCCGGAUGUGAUAACAACCCGUGAGAAGGGCGAGACUGCUGAAGAGAAGAGGGCUCGAAAGGCAUCUGUGAAGGAGAUGAGAAAGAUCUGCAGACAAAUGAAGAAGGAAAGCAAGGAGAUGUACAAGAAGGAGGCUGCGAAGCUUCCAGGCCAAGGUGGAGCCGACCUUCGGCAGAAAACCCGGACAGUGAAGUACUGA